AUGGUUCGUUACGUGCCUCUUCUGACUGAUGGCCAACGGGUGAAGCUCGCUUGGCCCUUAACUCUCUUUCGACUCAAUCACAUCUUCUGGCCUUUGGAUAAGAGUACCACAUUGAACUGGAGAAUCUUUGAUUACUUUCUAGCCUUAAUGGGCUGGGCAAUCCUCAUGCUCCACAACGAUGCCGAGUUGCGUUAUUUGCGUAAUCAGACGAAUAAUCUGGACCUCUUGCUGGCUGGAGUACCAACUUAUCUAAUUCUUGUGGAGGGACAAUUGCGGAGUAUUCACGUGCUGUUGCAUAGAACACAGUUGUAUGAAGUCUUGCACAGGUUUUUCAGUUCCAUCUACGUGGAUCGGCAUAAGGAACCUCAAAUUUAUCAAGAAGUUGAGUCCAAGUUGACUCUUAAUCGAGUCGUAUCAGCUCUAUACUUGGCUGCAGUUUCUGGUUACGUUCUCUCGCCAGUUGUCAUGUUGGUCAAAAGGCGUAGGGACUAUUUGUUCUCCAUGAUUCCUGCCUUUGAAGCUGAGUCCCUCUACAUUUUUGUGCCUCUCACAUUGAGCAGUGUCUACGUCGCUCUUCAAAUAGUCACAAUGGUAUUUGGGGAAAGCGCUUUACUCUGCGAAUUGAUGGCCCAUUUGAGGGGUCGUUAUAUUUUGCUAAAGCGUGACAUGGAUGCAUCUGUAGAAAAGAUUCUGAAAGCCCGGCAAAGACCCAAAAUGGCACAACAAAUGCGAGAGGUUCUGAUUCACGCGAUGCGUCAAAACGUGGAACUGAACCGGUUCAGUGCACAGUUGGAGGAACAUUUCACAGUGCGGAUUUUCUUUAUGUUUGCCUUUAGCGCCAUUUUGUUGUGUGCCUUGGGCUUCAAGACCUAUGUGAGUCCUUCGGGCACCUAUAUAUUCCCCAUUUGGUUUGGCGCCAAGACUGUGGAGCUGCUCUCACUGGGUCAGCUAGGAUCCGACUUGGCUUAUAUGACAGAUUUGCAGAGUACCAUGUACUACCAAACACAGUGGGAACAGGUGCUUUAUUACUCCACAAAUUCACGUGAAAAUCUGCGAUUGAUGAAGGUCGUUGCCUUGGCCAUUGAGCUUAAUUAUAAACCCUUCUACUUGACGGGUUUGUCAUACUUUCAAGUCAGCAUACAGACAGUGAUCAAGAUACUACAGGGCGCCUUCUCCUAUUUUACAUUUCUCACCUCGAUGCGCUGA